CCGGGGCUUGUUUGGAGGAACUCUGGCUGAAGGUAGCGGCGGAGAGGAGACAGGGACGAGAGCUGGGUGGACAUGACAUGUGAGCCAAGUCUGCACAGAUAAAACAAAUACCCAAAGUAUGUCUGCGGCAGGGGCGGGUCGAUGCUCGGAGGGACUUCACACAGGUGAAUGAGAGCACAGCUACACAUUCUUCCGUUUUUGCUUCUUCCGCUUCACCCUGCUUCAGUCUGGCAGACGUCAAGGCGCAGCAGACAGGAGAGGGACGGAGGAAGAGCCGCUGUUUAAAUAACUAUCCUACAAAACGUUUCUGCGCAGAACAACGCGACGGCUUUACUGAGUGACCGCAGACAGACAGAGACACACGGGAGAGGACACUAUGUCAAAGGAGGCGAGACGAAAAGGAUCAUCACGAAAGCACAGCGCCACUCAUUGGUGUCUGCAGAAUAUUGCACAAGAAUCAGUUGACAGCUCCGAUGAAGAGUUCUUUGAUGCCAGAGCAGAUGUCAUGGAAGGGAAGAGCGCCAUUCUUCUGGGCAUGAGUCAGUGGAACUCAAAUGAUCUGGUGGAGCAGAUUGAAACUCUGGGACACAUGGAGGACCAGUCUCAUGAGGGUCUCUACCAGCUGGGUGGUCCACGCUGUGCCCCUCAGAGCAGCAUUGAAGGACUGGAGGACAUAGAGAGGAAAUGUAAGACGCAUGUGCUGCUGCUGGUAGUGCACGGGGGAAACAUCUUGGACACAGCAGGCGGAGACCCCAGCACAAAGGCUGGCGAUGUGGACACUCUGGCCUCAGUGCUGGAGAAGGUGACGCGGGUGCAUUUCCAGGCUGUCGCAGAACACGUGAUGAUCAAGCUGGUGCCAUGUCCGGCUGUGUGCGCUGAAGCCUUCUCCCUGGUGUCCAAUCUGAACCCAUACAGCUAUGACGAGAGCUGUGUGUCCAGUAGCGUGGAUCACCUGCCCCUGGCUGCUCUCCCCCUCCUCGCUAUUGUCUCACCUCGCUACCAGGACGCCGUGGCGACAGUGAUCGCCCGAGCCAACCAGGUCUACCACAGCUUCCUGCAGUCGGAGGACGGGCAGGGAUUCACGGGUCAGGUAUGCCUGAUGGGCGACUGUGUGGGAGGUGUACUCUGCUUUGACGCUUUGUGCUUCAGCAACCACCAGAGGCCUGGCAGCCCCAACAAUAGCAGCAGGAACAACAGCACUGAGAGCCUGAAGGAUAACUCGGGUCUGCUUGGGGAGUCCAGCCCGGGUCUGAGUUCUAGCAAGAGGCUGAGUAAGAGCAACAUCGAUAUCUCCGCGCCCAACGAAGGGCAUGGCCAGGGCGGGCCGCCGCUCAGCCGUAAGCAGAGCGACUCGUACGAUGGAGACACCUCGUCCACGGGCCAGCACAGCUUUUUCUCCAGUUUGAUGAAAGAGAAUGCUGAGGUGCGUGGCGGCAGUAGCACCAGUCUGGUGUUGAACCCCGGCCGAUUCGACUUUGAGGUGUCAGACUGCUUCCUGCUGGGCUGUCCGCUGGGCCUUGUCCUGGCCAUGAGACGCACUGUGCUGCCUGCUGUCCAGGUGAGCCAGCUCCAUCCAGCCUGCUCUCAGAUUUUCAACCUGUUUUACCCUUCGGACCCUUCAGCCUCCAGACUGGAGCCGCUGCUGCAGCCUCUCUUCCACAAGUUACCACCAUUUGCUGUGCCCCGCUACCAGCGAUACCCUCUAGGAGAUGGACGCUCAAUGCUCAUAGCGGAGAGUAUCCAAGGCCAUACAAACGUGUUUCUGGAAGAUGAUCAAACUCCUGGAGGUCCAGCUUUACAGCCAUCCUCUGAGACCAAGACUGAAGGAGGUGGAGGAGAAGAGGGAGGUCGUAGAGCCAGCGUGACCAGUGUAGAAAGUGAAACGUCGAUUUGCUCCAUGGGCCAGCUGGGAAACACCAUCGCUAACAUUUCCAGUAGCUGGUGGGGCUCCAAGAGGCUGGAUUAUGCUUUGUACUGCCCUGAUGUGCUGACUGCCUUCCCAACAGUGGCUCUGCCUCACCUUUUUCACGCCUCCUACUGGGAGUCCACUGACGUAGCAGCUUUUGUUCUCCGGCAGCUCAUGCGAUGUGACUGCGUGAAGACCCAGGAAGCGGACCAUUUGGACUCAGCUCCAUUCUCUCCCUCCAGCCCACGAGAAAAAUGGCUCAGAAGGAGGACACAUGUCAAACUAAGGAACGUCACUGCCAACCACAGGGUUAAUGAUGUCAUUGCCACCGAAGAUGGACCUCAAACUCUGGUUGGCCGCUUCAUGUACGGCCCCUUGGACAUGGUCACACUGACUGGAGAAAAGGUGGAUGUCCUGCUAAUGACACAACCUCAGUCUGGCCGCUGGGUGCACUUUGACACGGAGGUGACCAACAGCAGCGGCAGAGUCACAUAUACUAUACCCAAGAGCAAGAAGCUCAGUCUGGGAGUCUAUCCGAUAAAAAUGGUCGUCAAGGGGGAUCAAACAAGUGCAGAGGCCUACCUGACUGUGUUGCCACGGGGCAUGGAGUGUGUGGUCUUCAGCAUCGAUGGCUCUUUUGCUGCCAGUGUGUCAAUCAUGGGCAGUGACCCCAAGGUCCGCCCCGGAGCUGUCGAUGUCGUCAGGCAUUGGCAGGACCUGGGAUAUCUGAUUAUUUACAUCACAGGCCGCCCGGAUAUGCAGAAGCAGCGUGUGGUAUCCUGGCUCUCGCAGCACAACUUUCCCCACGGGAUGAUCUUCUUUUCUGAAGGCCUGGUUCAUGAUCCUCUGCGACAAAAGACCAUCUUCCUCAGGAACCUCAUACAGGAGUGUCACAUUAAGAUCAACUCUGCUUAUGGCUCCAUGAAGGACAUCUCUGUUUACAACAUGCUCGGCCUCAGCCCCUCACAGAUUUAUAUUGUUGGCAGACCUUCGAAGAAGUACCAAAAUCAGUGCCAGUUCCUGAGCGAGGGCUAUGCAGCGCACCUCUCCACCCUUCAGUUUGGGCACAGAGCCAGACCCAAGAAAUCCCCUUCGGUUCGUAUGGUCCUAAGGAAAGGCUCAUUUGGUCUCUCAGCAAAGCCUGACUUCCUGUGUAAGCGCACCCACCUGCGCAGGACCAUGUCAGUGCAACAGCCCGACCCGCCGUGCACACCCAACCCCAAGCCUGAGCGAGCCCAGAGCCAGCCAGAGUCAGAUAAGGACCACGGGGGAGGAGGAGGUGGAGGAGGAGGCGGACAAGGCACAUGGGGACGGGCCUCCAUGCAUCGUGGAGACACCACUCCCUGACGUCAAAAAAGAGAUGGAAGGAUUGCAGGUGGAUAGAAGAGGAUGAGAACAAAGAGGGCUUAGUGUCCAGGGCCAAGUGUCACCUCUAGCUACUGUACAUGUACAUUGGAUCCUCUGCUGGUAUCCCUCACAGCUCAGCUUUACCUCCUGCUUGGCCCUCUACACUUUGUCACCUGUUUGGCCCUUUUUUCGUGACCUGCUUGUCGGAUAAUGUCACUUAAUCUUCGUGCCUGAAAUUUUAAGCAGUUGCCGGGGAUGACAAUGAUUUUCGUGAAUGUCUGUGUCAAGCUCAAAUUGUGUCUAAUUGUAAAAUCAGAAUGUACUUCAGAUAGUAGAUAUACACACAUAUUCAUGCACACAUGCCCGCGCUUCGGAGGUUGAAAAAUGUGACGACAGUGAUGACUUUGAACCUGUUGAGACUGAGAGCAACAGAUUACCAGACGUUGCACCACACUCUGGUCCCAUUCAGACUGCUGGGCUGACAGAUGGUCAUGUUGACUCACUCCUGCGUUAACCCUCCACAGAUGUAAAUACUCAACACACAUCAUCCCUGUGUGGGCCUCUGGACACGGAAGCACUGUGACAUUUAGGUUCAAUCUGUACAUGAGCUCUGUGAUUUGGAGCCCCAAUCAGCCGACCUCGCUGAACGCUGGCCUCUGCCUCUAUUUCACUCCCACUGUUAGACAUCUCCCUCUCAUUGUGACUGGCUUACUACCCCCUUCUGUCCCCUCAACCAGUCAGGCAGAACAUGCCUUUCGACAGCUGCCUAAGACCAGGGUGCACAGCCGCUGAAGCGUUGUGGCAUGCACGGCUUGGCCACUGAGGUCGCAUUUGCACUAUCGAAGUACACUGCAGUGGUUCUCAAUUUAGCUGCGGUACUCGCUUCAGAAACAAAGAGUUGUAUUUGUAUUUUAUUUCAUUUGUAGUUUUUGUUUUUCCUGCAGAUUGUACACUGUCGCUGCCUGUUGGUAACUGUAACUACUGGAGGAUUAAACACAAGUAGUUUGUAGGAAACUGUGGGUUUGACCAAAACAUUUUUACAGAUUGAUAGGCACAGUUGUAAAAAGUGAUGAGAACUUGUUUAUCUAUGUGAUUAAAAUGACAAUGAGUGCAAUUAUCAUUGUUGGCAACAUUAGUUUAGUUGCUUGGUAGAUGCAGUAGCUUGCAGGAUAUUGUACAAUAGACCCCAUGCCAGUUGAUAUUCCAUAAGGAUGCCCUUGCAUCCAUUUACUGCAGCUGCACCAGAACCAGUAGAUUUGUGAUGAAAUCUGAUGCUGUCUUGUGCACUUGAGGUUGAAUUAAGUCUUACUGUGGCCAUGUUUAAAACUCUGUGCAAGUCAAACAUAUUUUUCUAUGAGGAAAUAUUGUAAAAAGAAAUAUUUUCAAUGUAUGUUUUUGAACCUUUUUUUGUUUUACUUGUUGAAUGGUUGAUUUUUGCCUUAAAUUGUUUUUGAUGUUGUGUAGAGAUACAAAUUAGGUUUGUUUGACCAAAGUAUUGAGUUUAACUGUGACUGUGUGCAAAGUGCAUUUUAUCUAGUUGAUAUUUUGCUUUGACAUGAUUUAGAUACUGUAUAUGUGUGCAUGUGUGAGUGAGUGUCUAGGUAUUUGUUGUAGAGUUGUAUUUACUGUGAACAUGAAGACAGCUAUGACAAGUAAAUGCCUCUGUGGAGGAUUUAGAGGACACAGGGAGGCCAGUGUUAACAUACCUGCAUGUUCUCACUGCGGCUCACUACUGCUGGCUUUUCAGAACUGAGCAUGUCUUUUUAUAGGUUUGGAUUGAAGCAGUGUGUCGGAGGAUUACUUAGUCGUGGUUUUUAUACCUGCUAUGAAAGAAAAAGGGCUUAAGGUUUCUUGGUUUAACUGAAAACCUGCACAGCGGAGUGGAGCGUGCGAGCCAGAAGGGAGCUGUCUUUGACUCUUUUUCUUUCACCGCCUGCACACCAUAGGUGGUACAGUAAUUAGCUAUUUGAUUACUACUAAGUAUGUAUGACUCCCUGUAGCACCGCCCCUGUAAUUGCAGUGCACCAGUUAGCAUUACUUGGUAAUUGUAUGAUAUUGUAGAAACAAUACUGAAAUACUUAACUCGAUUUUAUUUUGCAUUGAGAUUGUUAAUGCUGAAACAUUGUUAUCCAAGCAACGAAAUGAUCAUUCCCAUCAAUGAUCAAAGUGACUCUAUAAUACUGUAUAACACAUAGUGAUAUUUUUCUGCCAUGAUGAUACACCAGAGGAGUGAAAUAUUUAUGCUGGGCAGCAUUUUAGUACAACAAUGUUAAUAAAUGGCAAAUAAUGAUCUAAUGGUUAAAUGGUGAUUAUUCUGCGCAUGUUAAUUAUUUGAUAUUGUUAAGUAAUGGCUAUCAAUUGUUAUGUUUGUGGUUCUCUUAACUAAUAAUAGAGUAGUUAUUUGUAAAUAAGUAGUGUAUAAAAAUCACCAAAACCACUACAUGUUGAGCAAAAUCAAAAUCAGUACUUAAAUUAAAUUGGGUUUUCAAUGGUAAAAAUACUCUCUAACUGUAACUGAGGCAGGACAUUGUUUAUAAAGAUUGUGAAGUUACCUGUUACUUUUACCUCAGAAAUUCAUGCACUUAGUGGGAUUAAUCCAAACUGACAAAUAUGAUAAAUUCCUGUUUCAUUUUAUUCUUAGAUACUAAAAGGUAAUAAUCCCCACGGAAAAGAACAACAUAAUAUAUUGCAUAAUGUAAAAUUAUUGUAUUUAUGGAGAGAUUUAAAUGUUACACAAUUACUGUCUUUAAAUAAAUAUAAUCUCUCACUAAGUACUAAUUAAUAUUGUCAAAUGAUUAGUAUUCACCAAAUCAUGACUUAACUAUUGGGUAUUGACCUAAUUUGCCAUUUAUUAACAAUUCUUAAGACUUAUUAAUUAAGCUUUAGUAAGUUAACUAUCGUGGUAUGACAGCUUUUUUUUGUUGAUUUUAUUUAUUUUUGUGGUCUUAUUUUUGGUCUUGAGUAUUUAACACUGGCCUUUUGACCAGUGAGGAAAAAAGGUUUCACUGCUACAAAGUUUGUUUUGUACAGAUCUCCUGUGAUGAUGAACAUGUAAUUGUGUCUACUGGACUCAGUCCACCUUUCAUUAUUGCAUAAAUAAAGAUAUUUCACAGUUGAAGAA